UGGGCCCGGCCCACAGGGAGCCAGACGUCCACUCUGGUCCUGCAUCUGCUGACUUAGGGCGGAGAUGGUGGUGGCCUUGAAGGCUGGGGAGGAGACCAGGUGACAGGAGGCUGUUCGCAAGGGCCUAGGCCAGUCCCGGAGUUCUGGCUGGUCACCUUGCAGCCCCCCAGGGCUCUGAGUGGAGCUGUGUCCACAGGCCUGCUGGUCAGACCGGCCUGGAAUGGAGCACCCUGUGUGAUCAGGAUUCACUAGGCUGGGAGGCCGACAGGGGUUUUCUCCGAGGGGAGGAGCCACGCGCCAAAGAAGCAGGAAGUCCUUGUAGAGAGAGCUGGGCUAGCUCUGAAGGCUAGCCUGGAGCAGGGAGGGGGGAGUCUUCCUGCUCACUGUGCCCCCCCAUGGCUUUUCUGAGCGGUGGGGGUCUCCCAGCACUGGGGCAUUCAGGCAGAGGCUGGGCACCGUGCCUGUGACUCAGGCCGGUGAUCAGGGGCUGAGACUCCAAGCCUGAGUUUCUAUGAUUUGAUGGCCCCUCGUGUUUAAAACUCAUUGGAAGUGGGGACGGGCAGAUCACCUUGAUCCCUAUCACAGCACAGCCACGAAGAGGGCUCCGUGCAGGCAGCUGGGACGGCGCUCGCCCCUCCCAGGAGAUCCCCAUGUCUCCUCACGCCAGCCCAGGAAUCCCCAGCCAUGUGCCUUGCGGGGCAGUUGUGAUCUGGUCCCUGGAGAAGGCAGAAGUCUUCGCCUUGAUAGUGUUCUCGUGCAUCUUCGGCGAGGGCUACAGCAACACACACCACUCCAAUCAGAGGUACUGCGUGUUCAACCGCAACGAAGACGCCUGCCGCUACGGCAGCGCCAUCGGGGUGCUGGCCUUCCUGGCCUGCGCCUUCUUCCUCGUGGUCGACGUCUAUUUCCCCCAGAUGAGCAACGCCGUUGACCGCAAGUACCUGGUCAUCAGUGACCUGCUGUUCUCAGCCCUCUGGACCUUCCUGUGGUUCGUUGGUUUCUGCUUCCUUACCAACCAGUGGGCGGCCACCCCGCUGGGAGACGUGCUGGUGGGAGCGGACUCGGCCCGCGCAGCCAUCACCUUCAGCUUCUUUUCCAUCUUCUCCUGGGGCCUGCUGGCCUUCCUGGCCUACCAGCGCUACAAGGCUGGGGUGGACGACUUCAUCCAGAACUACGUGGACCCCACCCCAGACCCCAGCACGGCCUACGCCUCCUACCCAGGCCCAGCUGUGGACAACUACCAGCAGCCACCUUUCACCCAGAAUGCUGAGGCCACCGAGGGUUACCAGCCGCCCCCUGUGUACUGAGCUGCACCGGGAUGGUAAAGGGCGCAGGGAGGGUGCCUGGGGGGCACCCUCGGUCCUGGACUCCUCCCACAAGGCUUGCCUCCUGGAGCUGCUGGCCCCUCGGGUCCCACAGGGCCUGUCAGGGCCCGUGCCCAGGCUCGAGAGCCUCUGCCGUCCCUGCCCGUGCCCAAGGGCUUCCCCCACCCCUCCUCAAGGGCAUUUUUUAGAAAAGGGUUUUUAGCCCCACGUUUGUUGUUGCUUUUCAUGGUCCCCAACCCCGCUGGUAGCUAGAAGUGCCUUCGUUUCCCCAAGCCCGUAAGGAGCUGGGCCCAGGUCCAG